CAGAUAGAAACUGAACAGUACUAUGUGUCUGACUGAGCUGGAACAGGAACAUUAGCAGAGUGUUCACGUGGCUCAGGAGUGUUCACGGGUCGCCCACUGAUUGGAAGGUCAGCGGUUCGAUCCCCAACUUCUCCAGUCCAUGCCGAAGUAUCUUUGUUGAAUGUGAUGUGUAGUGUAAAAGUGCUUUGAGUGGUCGAUACGACAAGAACACAAGUCUGUUUACCAUCAUGGGGUCGGUUGGGUUGCUCCGACUUUGAGUUGGAAAUCCACUCUUCUGAGUAGGACUCAACAAUAAUCAGCAGCUUAAACUGCUGGAAUCAGGCCCAGCAAAUUUCUGUACCACUAUAGGCCUCUUUCAAAGACUUCCUUUUUUUCUUUAUCAGACUUCCGAGAGAUAUCGAGUCACAUAUGAUUUCACCUCCUGAAGGGUUAAAUAUAGUGUUUCAGAUGAAGUCUGUUUUAGUCAGAAGUCUCGCUGCUUGUCUCUACUUUCUUUAUAUUUGUGCUGGUGCUGAGGAUGUGGCAGCAGACUCAGUGUUUCCUUCUGAUUGUGUCUGUGAUCAUCACAGGUAAGAACCUUUAUUACACCAAGGAGAGCAGCGACGUCAGUUUGAAGCUGUUAUCUGUUCAAACAAACAAGGCUUUGAGGUAAAGGAUGAAAUGAUUGAAAUAUCUCCUAACAUGACAGUGAUCGUCCUCUCCAGGGUCCUUAGCUUCUUGGAACAUGGUGGUCUCUCCAGAGGUCACUGUCUCCAGAGGAGAAGACGCCGUCCUCAACUGCUCCUUCACUCAUCCCCAACAACAGAGCUAUUCAGGGACGAUCACUGUGAAAUGGGCCAGAGCACCAGAUUCUGUGUUCUUCAGCUGUUCAGUUAGAAAUGAGUCGAUGGAAAGACCCACUAACUGUUCAUUCCCUGGAUUAAAACAUUCUCUGCAUGGAGAUCCUCGGCGAGGGGAGCUGUCCCUCCUCAUCAGGGAGGUACAGCUGAGUGAUAACAAUGAAUACGUCUGCAGAGUGGAGCUGGACAGGCAGAGGGAUUAUAGGGAAAAAAAGAUACAGCUUCAUGUAAAAGGCAACACCACCCGCAGGCUGCAGUGUGAGGUGGAGGGUAACCCACUGCCUAAACUCGUCUGGCUGUUGGUCUCCAGGAAAAUGAUGGAAAACCAGGUGAUGACCACUCAGACUGGUCUGUACCGAGUGACCAGCUCUGUGCCGUACUCAGAGGAGGAGGUGUUGACCUGCAGGGUGGAGAGCAAGCUGGGUGAAGCAGAGAGGACGUAUCCACCCAGUAACAGUGUUGUGGUGAAAACACCACUGAUUGUACGAGGCCUCGUCACAGUGCUGCUGCUGAUCUCUGCAGGAGUCAUCGUUUACUGCCUCAGAAACAGGAGAGCUGGAGCCAGUCCUGAUCCUGUCUGUGAGAAUGUUGGUACAAUGAAUGAUCGCCUGCAGCGCUCCUCCUCUCCUGCUGGUGGCGACGUGGAGCUUCAGGUGGCUCACUCCCUGCGCUCAGUGUGACCAGCUCCACUUCCUGUGAGUGCUCUCAGUUUAUCAAACAGAAAUCAAGUUACAUCAUGUGCUCAGUGUGGUCUCUGAGUGAAAGACGUUAGUUAUGUUAGGUUUCCUCCUCCUCCAGACUUUCACCUGUUUCUCUUUUUUAAAGAAGAGAAAAAAGAUAAUAACAGGAGCUACAGGAAGCUGUAGUUUUUAUCCACACAACUGCUUUUACACCUCAGACUUUUUGUUUUAAUUUUUUCAUUAUUAUAAUUAGUUUCCACUCAUGUUUUCUGUCUGUGUUUUUUUUUCUGGGCCUGUUCACUAAUCCAUCCAUGGGUCUCAGUCAUUUUAAUUGAGUUCUUGUUACACAGAGCUGAAGUGCAGAUACAAAUGUGAUAUAAACAUCAAUAA